AUGGCACGUGGUGGUUCUUAUGGUGUCCAGGUGGAGGACCUCAAGGUCUGUGUGGUGAUGACCUUCAAUGUCGGCAACUACCGACGGAAAGACGCCGCUCAGCCGACCGCCGACUUCUUUGACACCGGCAAUGCCGAGGGCGAGCGUUUACGCCGCGCCGCUGCCGAGGCCGCCGUCGCUGACAUGCUCAAGUGGCUAAAGACCGGCGGCGGCGUUGUCGGCAUUCUUGAUGCUACCAACUCCACAAAAGAGCGCCGCCGCUGGAUCCUGGAAUUGUGCACUGCCAACAACAUCGAAGUGCUUUUUGUCGAGAGCAAAUGUGACGACGAGGAUCUCAUCAUGGCCAACAUUCGCGACGUCAAGACUACCAGCCCGGACUAUGUCGGCCAGGAUCCAGAGGAGGCCGCCCAGGACUUUCGCAACCGCAUCCGGAAAUACGAAAAGGUCUACAAGACCAUCGACGAAGACGGCGACGAGGGCGAGCUGACGUAUCUCAAAAUCAUGGACACGGGCAGCCGCGUUAUCAUCAGCCGCAUCCGCGACUACCUCCAGAGCCGCAUUGUGUACUACCUCAUAAAUGUCCAUAUUCGGCCGCGGUCGGUAUGGCUGUCACGGCACGGCGAAAGCAUGUACAAUCUGAGCGGCCGCAUCGGCGGCGACGCCGAGAUCUCACCCCGCGGCGAGCAGUACGCCCUCAAGCUGCCCGAGCUCGUGCGCCAGUCUGUGGGCGACGACCGUCCGCUCACCGUGUGGACGUCGACGCUCAAGCGCACCAUUGCCACCGCCCGCCAUCUCCCCAAAGACUACAACCAGCUGCAGUGGAAGGCGUUGGACGAGCUCGACUCGGGCGUCUGCGACGGCUACACCUACCAGCAGAUCAAGGACGAGUUCCCCGAAGAUUUCCAGGCUCGCGACGCCGACAAGUACAACUACCGCUACCGCGGCGGCGAGUCGUACCGCGACGUCGUGAUCCGCCUCGAGCCCAUCAUCAUGGAGCUGGAACGCUCCGAGGACAUCUUGAUCAUUACGCAUCAAGCUGUUAUCCGCUGCAUUUAUGCCUACUUUAUGAAGAAGGACCAAGAGCGCAGUCCCUGGAUGAACGUGCCGCUGCACACCCUCAUCAAGCUGACGCCGCGAGCCUACGGCACCGAAGAGAUCCGCUACCCGGCCGGCAUCGACGCUGUGAGCACGUGGCGCGGUAAAGGCUCCACGGCGAAACACGAGCAGCCUGUUCCAGAGGCUCUCUAG